CCCCCCCCCCCACGGGGGAGGGACCUAACGGGGAAGGAGAGCCGCUCUCCUCCUCCCCUAACUGUCUGUCAUUGCCCAGCUCCUCCACUCCGGCGACAUCUCGCCGUCAAGAACCGAGAGAGAUCUCGAGAAAUCAACCGCAUCCGAACUCACUCAGUUUUGUUGCCAGGAUGUCCCGGGAGCAGCAGGCGGUGGCUCGUGCCAGGAAGGCCUUUGAAACAGGCCGGUCCAAACCUUUAGAGCACCGCAUCCGCCAGCUGAAGAGCCUGCAGCGGCUGUUCAGCGAGAGACAGAAAGAGAUAUUGGAUGCCAUCAAGAAAGAUCUCAAUAAGAGUGAGGUGGGGACGCAGCUGUAUGAGACUGUGGGUCUGGAAGGGGAAAUAAACACGGCCAUCAGGAACCUGAAGAAGUGGGCGGCCCCCCGACCCGUGGGGAAGAACCUGCUGACCCUCUCGGACACCGUCUACAUCAAGCCGGAGCCGCUGGGGGUGGUGCUGAUCAUCGGGGCCUGGAACUACCCCUGGGCUGUCACCAUCCAGCCGCUCAUUGGAGCCAUCGCUGCGGGUAAUGCAGCUGUAGUCAAGCCCUCUGAGGUCUGUGUUCACACUGCGAAGGUCAUGGAGGACCUGCUGCCAGUUUACAUCGACAAAGAGCUUUACCCCGUAGUAACCGGAGGAGUCUCAGAGACCCAGGAGCUGCUGCGCCAGCGCUUCGAUCACAUCUUCUACACCGGAAACAGUAUGGUGGGCAAGCUGAUCAUGGAGGCCGCCGCCAAAAACCUGACGCCCGUCACGCUGGAGCUCGGUGGAAAGAGCCCCUGCUACAUCGACAAGAAUUGUGACAUAAGCCUCGCCUGCAGACGUGUCGCCUGGGGAAAGUACACCAACUGUGGUCAGACCUGCAUCGCCCCAGACUACAUCCUUUGCGAGCCGAGCAUCCAGGACCGGGUCAUCGAAGAGGUCAAGAAGUCUAUUAAGGAUUUCUACACGGACAACCCAAAGACCUGCCCUGACUACGGACGCAUCAUCAACCAGCGCCACCACAAGAGGAUAAUGGCCAUGUUGGACGGCAGCACCGUCGCCGUCGGAGGAGACAACGACGAGUCCGACUGCUACAUAGCCCCCACAGUUUUGCGUGAUGUGAAGCCGGAGGCGAAGGUGAUGCAGGAGGAGAUAUUUGGACCACUGCUUCCCGUCGUGUCGGUCAGCGGCCUGGACGAAGCGAUCAAGUUCAUCAACAAGAGGGAGAAACCUCUGGCCCUCUACGUCUUCACAUCUGAUGAUAAGGUGAUACAGAGAAUGGUGGACGAGACCUCCAGUGGAGGACUGCUGGCCAACGACUGCCUCGUACACUAUUCUGUCAACUCUCUGCCUUUCGGAGGAGUGGGGAACAGUGGGAUGGGCUGCUACCAUGGCAAGUUCACCUUCGACCAGCUGAGCCACCUGCGUAGUUGUCUCAUCAAAAAGCUGAACAUGGAGGGGGCGAACAGCAUGCGGUAUCCACCGCACACGGCCAAGAAACUCGGCUGGGUGCGCUUCUUCCUUCUGAAGAACCUGGACCUGGCCUGGAUGGGGCGACUGGCGCUCUUAGCCGCCCUGGCCGUGGUGGCUGCUGUCGUGCUACAGAAGUAUCUCCUUUGAAGACAUCCUACUGGUUUCCUCAUCAACAACGUUUGUGUUGUGUCCUCAACCAGAGAGAAGAAGAGAUAACGUUUCAUAAACACGUUCAUGCCCCGAGUCUAAUCAACAUAUUUUCAGGAAUAUCUUGGGGUGUUGCCUUAAAAUACAUUUCAGCAAGUGUCAUGUAGGUAUUUCCAUGAAGGUAAUUAUUUAUUUCCAUCUAAGGCUUUUAAAUCUCAUAUGUUUCAUAGUUGUUUGGGUGAAGUAACUAUACUUUAGAAUAUACAACACAAUGAAGAAACACAACAACCUAAAUGACCUAAAGCUACUGUAAAUCGUACAGUACGAUGUCAGGUUUUAAUUUUACUGUGAUAUGAGCACUACUUGUAGCAUAACAGCACAAUAAGUUCCCACAUGGGAGGAAUUCAUUAACAUUUAACUCACCUGUACUUCUUUUUUUCUUUUUUUUAAAUCAUAAUGAACGUUUGUUUCAGUGAAGGAUUUUACCUACAGCGGUUCAUUUUGAGUCCGUUCCAUGUUAAUGACGGAUUAGCCGUUAACUUGCCAUUCAGCCCCUGAGGGCACUUGAUCACUUCUGCCGGCUGUUAUUGUUUCAUGUCAGUUCGUGUCUGUGGUGAAGCUCCGACGGCCGACAGGAAGACGAGACUUCAGUGUUUCAUCACAGGGGAUUUGUCGUGGUUGUCGAGUUGCAGCCUCAAACAGGAUCAUAUGAAUGGCAUUCCUAUUUCAUUUUCCUGCAGCACAGAAUGCCUGCAAUAAGUAACUUGUUUAAAUGUUUAAAAAAGAGUAGGCGAUAAAUGUUUUUUUUAAUCACACCGUUGAAAUUUUAAGGGUUUCUAAUUAACAGUUGAAUAAAUAUACUAAUAUCCAAUAUAUAUUGGAUACAUAUUGAAAUAAAUAUAUUGCUAAAGGUA